AUGUUGUCUGCUGUUGUGUUGAUUCAGAACCUGCGCUGGCUGGUGCCCACCAGCUUCAUGCUGGGGGCAGCUCCCGCAUACAUCAGCGUCUGGUUUCUCUGGCGGCUGAUGACUGCUGUCCUACCUCGAUGGCUCUAUGUCAAGGGAGAUGACUUCAUGUUCUCUACCUACCACAGAAAUCUCCUCUUCUACUUUGAGACACUGACAGGAGUAGAGUUGCUGUUCUAUGGUGACUUGAGUGCAGUACAGGAACUGCAAGAUGGAGAGAACUGUCUCUAUAUGUCUAAUCAUCAGACUACAAUGGACUGGGUGUUAGCCUCAUGUGUGGCUGUACGUCGUGGGAGCCUGGGACGUGUCCGCUAUGUUCUCAAGGAUGGGCUAAAGUUCCUGCCUUUCUAUGGUGUUUACCUGGGCCUG